AUUCGCCCUUUAAAGCCCAUUCAACAUGACUUAGUAGAGCGGCAGUUUUCUCAGGGAUUUGUUGCUGUGAUCGCUUGUUUUUCCUCAUAUAAACCAUACAGGUACGGAGUUUGGCGUCUUUUAGUCGAUUAACAAUUAUCCUGCUACAAUUGAGUAACAGGUACGUGGAUUAGCAAUGGGGACAGCCGUCAGCUCGAUAGGACUUGCAAACAAACCACCCGCACUACCACCUGCUAAACAAAAUAACAAUAAGGCUGUCAUCCUGGCUUCACAAAAACCGCCAGACUAUAAAUUUGAACACUUUAUGAAACUGUGUCAGAACAUCCAAGAUGAAAAGAAAAAACUACAGAUUCAAAUCAGAAUGGAAGUACUUAACUGGCGCAAAAGAGCACAGAAUGGUGGCAAAGUCGACGAGUGUAGAGAGCGAAUCCUAGCCAUGUUGAGUCGUUUCCGAGGAGCUCAGGAGCAACAAGACGUACUCAUCGAAAAAGAAAAACUAAGACUAGACGCCUUUAGAAAUUGUAUCAACGAAGACACGACAAAUAGGAUAAAAAGUCGGCUGACCUUCUUCUGCAAGCUCAAUCGACAACACGAAGCUCUGCUUGAACUUGUCAGACAGGAUGUCCAGGACUGUAAGAAUAUAUGUAGAAGAUACAGUGAACCAACGUCACAAUCUAGUAAAUCCAAAGGGUUCGAGACGUGGAUAAAAUGUCCUAAAACCCCUGCAUAUGACUAUGGCAGCAUUGGAAGCCUAUGAUAGGCCUUUCUACUCGGUAUCCAUGACAGCAGCACCUUACUUUACAUGCAUGAACACCAUUUUGGGGAAUUCCUUUACGUAUUUUCAUUCGAUAGAAAACAUUAAAAAAUAUUCCGUAUAAGAGAUAGAUGCAACUUUUGCUUCAGGCAAGAGGUCUUUAUAUUGCAGAUCAUAUAUUUCAUUCCAUUUAGAGGCAUUUCUUUACUUGCUUGUUAAACAUUUGAGACAUCAGCUUGGACAAAAAAUGAACUACAAGUUUUCAAAGAGAUUGAAGUGAAAUAAAACGGGAAAACUUUUUUGCACUAGAGUGGAAAGCAAGGAAAAGCAAAAUCCAAAAAUAUCUAGGCAUUGCAUUCAACUUUUUACAUUUUCGAAAACAUCUUAUUUGCAUUGAAGUUUCGCUUUCAUAUUCCCAUUAGUAUAUUCAAAUUCAUACCUGUUUUUUCUAUGGGGCUCGAAUAGAAUAUUUUAUAGAAUAUUUAAAUUAUAAUUCAGUAUGUGAAUAUAGAAAGUAAAAACUAUUUAUUAUGGACGCCAUUUCAGACAAAGCAACAAUUAAGCACAUAUAAACAUACAAGAACGAAAAUUAUAGAAAUAAAUAUAUUAGUUAUCAGUAAUUAAUUGAUAAUAAUAAUCAAAAUUAUUAGUUUAUAUCAAAAUUAUCUGGUUGUGUCUUCCUUUUUGUUGUUCCUCGGAGUGCAAGAAAUGUACCAGUUUAUCAAAGUCGUGCCAAACUUUAUCUUUUUGCUACCAAACUUCUAGCCACUCCAAUGUGCAUUGUAGGAAUGUUUUAGUGGACGAAAAAGACGCCAACUUAAAAUCAUUUUUCUCCUAUAACAUAUUCACACAAUGCAAUGCCAACUCGACCCAGUCUCUUUCUC